AGGUAGUUCCCGCCAUAAUAUGGCUCCUCACAUUUUGCACAAACUUCAAAUGUAAAUUGAUACGACACGAUCACAAUCACACGAUGAAGAAAUUACCUGUAGAAAGUAUUCGCUUACUUACUAGCACUCAAGUAGUGACUUCAUUUGCUUCUGUCGUGAAGGAAUUGAUAGAAAAUGCACUAGAUGCUGGCGCAUCUUCCGUGGAUGUGAAAUUGGAAAAAUAUGGUUUAGAGAAGAUUGAGGUUCGGGAUAAUGGAUGUGGAAUCAAACGAGGUGACACCGAAUUUAUGGCUCAAAAAUAUUAUACUUCAAAGAUUUCAAAACAUGAGGAUUUAAAAAUGCUCGAAACUUAUGGAUUUCGUGGAGAGGCAUUGGGUUCGCUUUGUGAAGUUGCAGAUGUUGUUGUAACAACCAGAACAGUUAAUGAUUCUGUUGCAAUGUUGUAUCAACUUGAUCAUCAAGGACAUAUUUUAUCAAGCAAGCUCACACAUGAUGGUAUUGGAACAACAGUUGUGGCUUCAAAUAUUUUUAAAAAUUUGCCUGUGAGAAAGCAACAUUUUCAAGCUAGUAAAAGAUGUAGAGAAGAAUUGAAGAACAUUGAAGAUCUUCUCUUGGCUUAUGGCUUAAUAAAUCCAAAAGUUAGGAUCAUUUUACGGAAUAAUAAAAAUGUUAUAUGGCAAAAGAAUAAAUGUGCAGAUUUAAGAUCAGCUAUUAUCGAUACCCUUGGUGUUCGUGUUUUUAGUCAAUUUGAGAAUUUUGAACGUUCAAAUAGUGAAUUAAACAUGAAAGUUAAAUGUUUUGUUCCCAAACGUGAUGCAAAUAAAGAGUUUAUGUGGAGAUCAUCUUGUGAUAGAACUUUUAUCUUUGUCAACAAACGUUAUGUUCUUUGGAAGGAAUUAUCUCAGCUGUUAAAGACAUUAUGCUGCCCAAACAAGGAGGAGAUGUCUACUUCAAAAUAUCCGUUAUGUUUUGUGAGUGUGAUAGUGUCCAGUGAAGAUAUUGAUGCUAAUUUGGAGCCAAAUAAAAACAAAGUUAUGGUUAACAACAAGGAAGAACUUUUUGCGAUGAUUAGCGAAGCUUUGAGCGAGAUUUACUCAGACAAUGGAGAAACUGCUGUUUGUUCACUUCAUCAACAAUCACGGCAUAGUGAAGAGUUCAAUUGUGAUGAAAUUGCUCUGAAUUCACCUGAUGACAUGACGGUAAAUGAAAAUGAUAAAGAUGAGUCAACGAUCAAUCGAAGAGAUGUAGAUGAAUUGAUGGAAAAUGGAGGAGAUGUAGAAGAAUUGAUCGAAAAUGGAGGAGACGUAGAUGAACUGACAGAAAAAGGAGAAGAUGAAGACGAAUUUAUAGAAAAGGGAGGAGAUAAAGAAGACUUGACGGUAAAUGGAAAUGAUAAAAUGAAUCAACAAUCACUAGAAGGAGAAAGAUGAAUUGACGAUAAAUAGAGAAAGUAAAGACAAAUAUGACGAGAAAUUUUAUUUAUCUAAACGACAAAA